UAUUGUGAGAUUGAUGACGCUAGCUGCUUUAAUUUACAAAUAAAAAGUAUGGUUUCUAGCUCAUUAGAAACCAGAUCUUGAUCUAAUAUAACAUAGAGUAGCAGCACAUCUUGAUCUUGUAAGAAAUCGAUCGAAAUAUAUUUCUCUCCACAUCAUGUCUUCUCCACCAAGGAACUCUUUGAUGAAUGUUGUUAGUAUGAAAGGAGGCAAUGGAGAACAUAGCUAUGCUACUAAUUCUGGUCAUCAGAAAACGGUUUUUUCUAAGGCACAAACGAUGGUGGUAGAGAACAUGAGAGAAACGUUAGUAAAUUUUGCCUUUCCUGAAUGCAUUAAAGUGGCUGAGUUGGGCUGUUCUUCCGGACAAAACACUUUCAUGGCUAUGUCCGAAAUCGUUAAGACGAUCAUAACUUUGUAUCAGGAAAAAUAUCGAUGCCCACCAGAAAUAGAUUGUUGUCUGAACGAUCUUCCAAUGAAUGAUUUUAAUAUGACUUUCAAGUGGGCCUCUUCUUUCCAAGAGAAGCUAAAGAUGGAUUAUAAUGGAAGGUGCUUUGUCUCAGGAGUCCCUGGUUCGUUUUACUCGAGGGUUUUCCCGAGAAAAUCUCUUCAUUUUGUUCAUUCAGCUUGUAGUAUCCAUUGGCUCUCUAAAGUCCCUGAAGGGAUUGAGGAUAACAAGAAGAACGUGUACAUUAGAAGUCCUUGCCCGUUAAAUGUGUCCAAGGGUUACUUGGAUCAGUUUCAAAAAGACUUUACGUUAUUCUUAAAAGUGCGUUCUGAAGAAGUGAUGCCUAACGGACGCAUGGUUCUCACAUUCAAAGGCAGAAAUACUUCUGAUCCUCUUUAUAGAGAGAGUUGUCACUAUUGGUCCUUGUUGACUGAUUCCCUCCUCGACUUAGUCUCUGAGGGUGUUGUAAAAGAAUCAGAGGUGGAUUCAUUCAACUUGCCGUUCUACGAUGCGGGUGAAGAAGAGGUGAGGGAAGUUGUCAAAAACGAAGGAUCUUUCGAGAUUAACAAAAUCGAAACGCAUGAACACCUAGUUCCAUACAAAGAUAGUGGGGAAGCUGACGAUGAAACAUGUCGACUAAAAUUUGGGGAAAUGAUGGCAAACAGGAAACGAUCAAUCACGGAACCGAUGUUGGUUGCUCAUUUUGGAGAUGCGAUUAUUGACCGCCUGUUUAAGAAGUACGCACAUAAUGCAGCCCAAUAUUACAUUGUCUCAAGAGGCUGCAACAAAACAACCAUCAACUUUGUCGUGUCGUUAACUAGAAAAUAAAAAGAUUUGGUUGUUUCUUUUGGGUCAAGAAAUGGUUUCGUUUUGCUGCUGGUAAUAAUGAAUAAGGUGAUAUAGAACCAGUGAGUUUGGUUGUUUAUUCUAUUUAAGUCUAUGUGUCUGUCUGAUUACAAGAAUAUGUCUAUUUUAUUUAUAGCAAUUGUAUGUUUUAUCUUUCUUUUUUAAGAGCAUAGUUUUAUUA